GCCUUUGCUGUCCUUGGAUCGUCUCUCGACGCCUGGUUUGUGGCCAUUCUGAACUUCUUUCACUCCAUGCAUCGAGGCCUUGACGUCCCACUCGUUGUCCACGUUGACGUUCCCCCAUCAAUCUUCCACCCUUCACUUGAUACCCUUAGCGCGUUACUCAUGUUGCCAUUCGAACCAUCCACGAUCCUUCAAGUCCCUUCCUGUACAAGUUCCCUGCCUAUUACGCAACAACUCUGACGUUUCGGAUGAUCUACGCAUGGGGCCCUCCGAUGGGUGCGCAACCGCAGAGCCUGCCAGUUCCUUUUUCCCUACGCCCUUGCUCCCGGAACUCUUGUCGUCACCAUCCUUGCAUCAUCAAUGUCUCGUUGGUAGCCACUCAAACCCUUUCCUUUCGCGAACUAUCGGAUCCUGAAGCUUUGGGUCAUAUCCAGGCUGCCAAUUUUCACUUAUUGGCGCACCCAAAUCUACAAAAGAAAUGCCCCUUCCGCCUAUCCAACCGACUUAUGAUCACAGCUCACAUCUUCAUGCAACCCGUCGCGUCUGCUUCGGCGAACUGCUUGUGGGUCAGUUUUACCGGGUAUCGGGUCUACACAUCCCGUUUCCCCUCUGUGACUGUUUGGGCUGCCGAUGGACUCCGACGACCCGUUGCAUACCUUAUGGAUUUGACGCGCCUUGCAGGUUCCAUGGACAGAGGGGAGUGGAAAACAAAGUUGAGUACGGGGACCCAUACACACCCCUUUCUAUCCAAUGGACGCACGGUGAGAAAGAACGACCCACCUUCCUUUCUGCCCCACCAUGUUUCUAUCACCGCAUGCGCUUUCCUCGGGCCGUUUCUCUCAGCCUUUCGGUUUGGGGCACCCCGUCGGCAAGCUUCUUUCUGUGUAUUUCGUCUUGGAUCUUUCCCUUCCUGUGUAGCUCAUCGAUCAGUGUUAUACCCUAUUUCUGGUCCAUACUUCCAACAAAAACGGCGAACACAUCACUUCCGUCAUACAAAUACAGUAUGUCCCGUUAUUUCGGGAGAGUGGGAGAGGGGCACUUUUGCGGGAUGCCCUCGUGGCGUCGGUAUGGACAUGUUCCCACAGGCGCUUGCGCCUGUUGUUCAUGCCCCUUUCCUGUUAGGGUGCGAGCCAGUUGGGUCGUAUGGUAUCCACCCGACAGGUUUGGCCGUAAGUAUCAUUUCCCCUCUCAUAUUGAAACUCAUGCUGACAUCCUUACAUGUGCAGGAAUAUCUUACGUCGCCCUCAUUGUUGGGCAAGGAGCAAAUUUAAUGGUAAGCCGGUCAGGUCCACUCGUGCGCCACUAACAUGAUUACGCCACUAGUGGGAGCUUCCCCUACAUUAGUCGAUUUGAUAGCUCAGCUUCGCCAUAUGGUACGCUAGAGGCAUGUUAACUGUAAGUACAGUUCUGGAUUCGUGCAGUGAUCUGUUCCACUGUUUC